UCUUUAACCAAUUGAAAUUGUAACCAUAAUUUUGUAAUUUUAACUUAAUUUUAUAAAACAAUAGUCGAAGUUUAAAAUGUUUCUUCAAAAAAAUGUUAUUCAAUACAUUAAAAAAGUUCUUUCAAUCACUCGGAAUCGAAGUUAUAGUACAAAAGCAAAUGACAUUCGAAAUAUUGGUAUUUUAGCUCACAUCGAUGCCGGUAAAACAACAACAACCGAGCGAAUGUUAUUCUAUUCUGGAAAAACACGAUCCUUGGGAGAGGUACAUCGAGGGAACACUGUCACCGAUUACUUAACCCAAGAACGGGAUCGAGGCAUAACUAUUUGUAGCUCAGCAGUAACCUUUAAAUGGAACGAUACAAAGGUUAAUCUACUUGAUACUCCGGGUCACAUAGACUUCACCAUGGAAGUAGAACAGUCUCUGUUUGCCGUCGAUGGGGUAAUAAUUGUUUUGGACGGAACUGCUGGUGUUGAAGCCCAAACUAUGACUGUUUGGUCACAAGCAGAGAAACACAAACUACCUAAAAUGAUUUUCGUCAAUAAAAUGGAUCGUCCAGAUGCUGAUUUUGAUGCUUCUGUGCGAGACAUUAAGUCAAAGUUAGAUAUUAAACCGAUUUCCCUGCAAUAUCCCGAGAAAGAUUCCAAGGGUAAUUUAAGUAUUAUUGACAUAGUCACACUGAAUCGAAUUUCCUGGAACCUUGAGACAUUUGGACGUAAAUUCCACUGUGAACCGUUGAAGGAGAAAUCAUUGGAUGAGGCGAUGAGUUGUAGAAACAAUUUAAUCGACGAACUUUCUGGAAUAGAUGAUGAACUAGCUGAUGUUGUGAUAAGUGCCGAAAGUUUUGACACAGUUUCCAAUGACUUAAUUUGGUCUUCGAUUCGACGUGCAACUGGCAGCCAUAAGGCAGUUCCUGUGCUCCUUGGAUCGGCCUACAAAAACGUAGGUAUACAGCCUCUCAUGGACUCUGUUAUUCGAUUCCUGCCAGCGCCCCAUGAGAGAAAUCAAUUGUAUGAUUGUUUUGGAAACGACUUCGUUGGCAAAGUUUUCAAAAUAGUUCAUGACAAACAACGAGGUCCAUUGACACUAAUUCGUGUGUUGCGUGGUUCAAUGAAGAAGGGAAUGCGUCUCAUCAACACAAAGUCAUCAACAGAAUCCUUACAAAGAAUCUAUGAACCCCUAGCUGAUGAAUAUCGUGAAAUAAAUGAAGUCCUUAGAGGAGAUGUUGGGGUUUGUAGUGGACUUAAGAAUACAGUGACUGGAGACUUACUGACAUCAAGUGGAUCUUCAAUAAAACAAGCCCAAAAGAAGCUUCAAAAAAUGCUUGGCAAAUCCGAAAUAGAUGACGAGGAAGAGAACAUUGAAGUUAUAAAAGAAAUGCUAGCCUUGGAACCACAAAUACCUGAUGCGGUGUAUUUUUGUUCAAUCGAACCACCUAGUAUUGGAUCACAAACAGCUAUGGAAGCUGCUUUGAAACAAUUGCAACGCGAAGAUCCCAGUUUGAGGGUUAAUUUUGAUGAAACUACGGGGCAGACAGUUUUGGGAGGAAUGGGUGAAUUGCAUAUGGACAUUGUAAAGUCUCGAAUCCUUACCGAAUAUAAAAUCGAUGUUGAUUUGGGUCCACUUCAAAUUGCUUAUAAAGAAACAAUCGACUCACCUUCAAUUGAAACAAUUACAAUAGAAAAAGAAAUCGCUGGAUCUAAGCAAAGUGUCACAAUCACCCUUGAAUUGGUCAAUGAUCAAAAAGAAGUCUUCAGUUUGAGCAAAUCACAAGAAAACAUGGCAAAUCUUAAUACACUUCGGCCUCGUAUCCUGCAAGUGAUCAAGAAAGGAGCCACUGCAGCUCUGGAAAGAGGCCCUCGUGUUGGGGGUCAAGUUGUUGAAACUCAAGUUAAGCUUCAUAAUGCAGUGAUUGGUCGAGGAACUGCGGAUUCUUUUCUUAUGGCUGCCACCGGACAAUGUGUUCAAAAAAUCCUCAGUAAUUCUGGAACUCGUCUCUUAGAACCUAUUAUGGCAAUACAAAUUAUCGUUCCUUCAGAGAAGGUUUCAACAGUUCUUUCUGAUUUAUCACGGAGAAGAGCUAAAAUAAAUGAUGUUAAACCAAAAGGUGAUCGUAAUAAGUUAAUUGAUGUUCAAGCUCCAUUAGCAGAAUUAUCUGGGUACACAAGUGUGAUACGAACGAUUACAUCUGGAACUGCCAGCAUGACAAUGCAACCGUGCGGAUAUUCUAAUAUGAAUUCACAAGAUGAAGUUGUGGCUAUUCGGAGAGCUCAAGGCUUAGAAUAGUUGCUACUUAAUGAAGUGACGCGAAUUUAUAUUAUGACUAAAAUAAAUAAUUUAUUUUUCAAAAAAGCCAAGUUUACAUAAUGUCAUCCUU